UAUUCUGGUUUAACAUUUGUCAAAGAGUUCUAUUGCCCAUCCCUAAACACUUUUCCUUGCAGUCUGAGGUGAAAAUUACUUAUGCAUUCUUUGGGCACCCUCCCCUCCUCCAAAUGCGCUCCACGCCACAGAUAUAAAACUCACAAGAUGCUUGUUGCAAAAGACCGUCGCGAGCACAGAAUAGUCAGUCAUUCAACGAAACCAUCUCCAGUCUUCACAAAAUAAAAUGCGCCCUAACGCAGCAAUGUCUCUGGGUAUGCUGGCGGUGUGCUCGCUGGUAUGCAUGUCAACUCUUGUGAACGCUUAUCCAUCCAAACCCGCCAGUCCAGAAGAAGGUGCGCCUACCGAGGAUCUCGCCAAGUAUUACUCUGCACUCAGACACUACAUCAACAAAAUCACUCGACAGCGGUAUGGGAAAAGAUCCAGCCCUGAUACAGUGUUCUCUGACCUGUUACAGAGGGAGAGCACAGAGAGCAUCCCACGAACAAGCUAUGGAAAGUGGGUGUAAAAACGUUCCAAGGAUACCGAUAUACCUCUCCUCAAUAUGAGGACCUACCGUUGUGGUGGUGAUGCCAGUGUAUUACGGACUUCCAUACCAGUCCCUUUCAACAACACCACUUGCUGUUUGUCACAACAACAACACCACCACCACAUUGCCUGCUGGUUACUGACCUGACCUGGACUUUAAUGGAUAUCUGCAGCCUGCAUGCAACCACCUCUCUCUGUCUGUCAUAGAAGUGUCCUGUACAUAUGUUACUUUUGCCUUUGUGUAUCACAGUGUACUGUAAACCAAAAUAAACAUUUACU